AUGUCAGGUCCAACUCCGUCAAUGGCUCCGGGCCAGCCAACCCUCGUCCCCGUCGACCCUUCCUCUGGUCUCUGGGAGCGGUUAACACACUGGGCGUCAGAGAACAAGACUGUCGUCUACACCAUUGCUGGUGUCGGCAUUGCUGUUACGGGUGCCGGUGUAAUUUACUACCUCAAUGACAACAGCGCCAAGGACACAACACCAAAGAUCAGCAAGAAGGAGAGGAGAAAGCGAAAGGAAGCCGAUCGCAAAGCUGAUAAAGAAGCACCCUCAACCGGCCCCUCCCAAUCCAAGCCUGCUUCUGCUGAGACUGAGCCGGAGCUGCCCGACGUCGACGAGGAGUCAGUUUCUAGCCUUACUCAAGAACAGCGUGAAGAUUACGCCGCCAAACUGAAGCAGGCUGGUAACAAAGCCUACGGCGACAAGUCGUAUAACAAAGCUAUCGAGCUUUACUCCAAGGCCAUCCUCUGCAAGGCCGACCCUGUCUUCUACUCCAACCGAGCCGCCUGCCACAGUGCCAUGAGCGAAUGGGAUCAGGUGAUCGAGGAUACUACCGCCGCCAUCAACAUGGACCCCGAUUAUGUCAAGGCCAUCAACCGCCGCGCUACUGCGUACGAGCAUCAGAAGAAGUACUCCGAGGCUCUCCUCGAUUUUACAGCUUCAUGCAUCAUCGACAACUUCAAGAGCGAGUCCACCGCACAGGCUGUCGAGCGCCUUCUUAAGACCUUCGCCGAGCAAAAGGCCAAGGAGAUGAUGGCCUCCCGACCACCCAAGCUGCCCAGCCCCAUCUUCGUUGGCAACUAUCUUCAGAGCUUCCGCCCCAAGCCCCGCCCCGAAGGCCUUGAGGACUCAGAAGAGCUGGACCCUGAUACUGGCAAGGGACAGGUGCAGAUUGGUCUCCAAGCUUUGGAGAAGAAGACCGGUGAUGGGUAUGAGGAGGCUCGACAAGCUUUCGAAAAGGCCCUGGAGCUCGGCGACCUGGGUGAGUACGAAGCACUUGCUUAUAACAUGAGGGGUACUUUCCGCACUCUGCUCGGCAACCACGCCGAGGCUACACAAGACUUUGACAAGAGCAUCGAGCUUGACCCCUCAAUGACGCAAAGUUAUAUCAAGCGCGCUAGCAUCAGUCUGGAGCUUGGUGAGCCUGAAAAGGCCGAGGCCGAGUUUGCCAAGGCCCUCGAGCAGGACAAGAACGACCCCGAUGUUUACUACCACCGUGCCCAGGCCCAUUUCAUCAAGGGCGACCUUGCCGAUGCUCAGAAGGACUACCAGAAGUCGAUCGACCUCGAUAAGGACUUCAUCUUCUCUCACAUCCAACUCGGCGUUACCCAGUACAAGAUGGGCUCGAUUGCCUCGUCAAUGGCUACUUUCCGACGAUGCAUCAAGAACUUCCCCAAGGUCCCCGAUGUUUACAACUACUACGGAGAGCUACUCCUCGACCAAGGCAACUUCUCCGAAGCCGUCGAGAAAUUCGAUACCGCCAUGGAGAUGGAGAAGCAGACUAAGCCCAUGUCCAUGAACGUCCUGCCCCUCAUCAACAAGGCCUUGGCUCUCUUCCAGUGGAAGCAAGACUUCAAGGAGGCCGAGGCCCUUUGCAAGAAGGCUCUUAUUAUUGACCCCGAAUGCGAUAUCGCCGUUGCUACUAUGGCUCAGCUCCUCCUCCAGCAGAACAAUGUUCCUGCUGCCCUCAAGUACUUCGAGCGUGCCGCCGAGCUUGCCCGAACCGAAGGCGAGAUUGUAAAUGCUUUGUCCUAUGCUGAGGCCACACGAACACAAGUCCAAGUUACGGAGAAGUACCCCAAGCUGGCAGCAAAGUUGGCAGGUGGUGCCGGACCUGGAGGCCUUCGCAUGGGACCUCAAUAA